CAUGGAGGCGGGGGACGGCCCUGCCACUGCCGCCGCCGCCUGCUACCAGCCAGCCGGCCCUCCGCGGGAUGCCUGUGUCUACAGCAGCUGCUACUGUGAAGAAAAUAUUUGGAAGCUCUGUGAACACAUCAAGAACCAUGACCAGUACCCUUUGGAAGAGUGUUAUGCUGUCUUCAUAUCUAAAGAGAGAAAGAUGAUACCUAUUUGGAAACAACAGGCAAGAUGCGGGAACGGACCUGUGAUCUGGGAUUACCACGUUGUUUUGCUCCAUGUUUCAAGUGGAGGACAGAGCUUCAUCUAUGAUCUGGAUACUGUCUUGCCCUCUCCCUGUCCCUCUGACACUUACGUAGAAGAUGCCUUUAAGUCUGAUGACGACAUUCACCCACAGUUCAGGAGGAAAUUUAGAGUGAUCCGUGCAGAUUCAUAUCUGAAGAACUUUGCUUCCAACCGAUCGCACAUGAAAGACUCCAGUGGGAACUGGAGGGAGCCGUCCCCGCCUUAUCCCUGCAUUGAGACUGGAGAUUCCAAAAUGAACCUGAAUGAUUUUAUCAGUAUGGACCCUAAGUUGGGAUGGGGCACUGUCUACACACUAUCUGAAUUUGCACAUCGGUUUGGCAGUAAAAGCUACUGAGCUUGACAUCAGGACGUGGAACUGUGGAAAAAUUUAGGACCUGAACAAGCCAUCCCUCCACGUAGGACAAUGAACAUUAUGGUACAGUUGGCCUGAAAUUAUGUUUUUCCUCUCUU